AUGACGGACACAAACCUCACCCACCAGGCUGGUGGAGGCGGCGCCGGCGAAUCGACCAAGGUUGUCGAGACGCUCGGCGACCACAUGAUAUCUCACCUACGACGCAUCUAUCAGUCACACUCCAGGGCCGAUGGGAAAUGGGGAAAUGAUGAGGUCCAGUCCUUUCUCCACAACACUCAGCAUUAUGACAAGAAGCCUGAUGCCGACACCGCCCAGACGCCUAUUGCUGGAGGCCUCCUCGACGAUGACGAGGUCGACUUCGACACCUUUCUGCACUACAUGACGUCGCCACACGGCUCCUUUACCAAGGAGCCUGAGCCAACUGACCUCUCGUGGCCCCUCUCCAGCUACUUCAUCAGCUCCAGCCACAACACCUAUCUUUCGGGCAACCAGCUGUCGAGCGACAGCACUACCGACAGCUACACCAAUGUGCUUCUCAGGGGAUGUCGGUGCGUCGAGAUCGACGUCUGGGAUGGCGAUGACAGUGACUCGGAAACCAGUAGCCUCUCCUCGGAAGAGGGGGCUGCAACGACCAAGUCCGGUACCCCCCAAGAGCAGCAGCAGCCUCCGGCACCGCAAUCGCUUCAAAAGAGGAAGACGAGUCGCCUGAGCAAGCUGGGCAGCAUCAGGAGCAGGCUUCCCAGCUCCCUAGCCUCACGGCUCGACAAGACGAGCAUUGGCAAGAGGCUUGACGAGGCGGAGACGACCAAGACUUUGGAAUCGUCGUCCGACUCCACCGUUGCAAAGAAGGCUCCGGCAGAGACUGCCGUGGAGGAAGAUGGACCUCAGCCUGAGGUGGCCGCGAUCGAGCCGCGUGUCCUCCAUGGAUAUACUCUCACCAAGGAGAUCACCUUCCGAGAGGUCUGCGUUGCCAUUGCCCAGAGCGCAUUCGUGGUUACGGACCUGCCUGUCAUUGUCAGCCUCGAGGUACACUGCAACCCGCAACAGCAGGCUUGCAUGGUUCAGAUCAUGAAUGAGGUCUGGGCCGACUACCUGAUCCCUAUACCGGAGGCUGAGCCCGCAGAGCUUCCUAGGCUAGAGCAGCUCAAGAAAAAGAUUCUGGUCAAGGUCAAGUACGCACCGCCGGGAUCCUCCCCGGACGAGCCCGUGAGUUCAGAUGAAGAAGAAGCUGCCCAGGAACCCCUUGACGGCUCGGGGAAGCCCAAGAAAAAGAAGAAGGCUUCAAAGAUUAUUCAGGACCUCAGCCGUAUGGGCUUCUACUGCAGGGGCGUAUCGUUCAAGUCGUUUGACCAAGCCGAAAACUCGUUGCCGACGCACAUAUACUCCCUGAACGAGAAGAAAUGGUCGGAACACCACACUAAGAAUACCGCGCAGCUCUGGGAGCACAACAAACGGUACCUCAUGAGGGCGUACCCUUCAGGUCUGCGCAUCGGCUCAUCCAACCUCAACCCUGCUCCCUUCUGGGGUGCGGGCACUCAGAUAGUCGCUCUUAACUGGCAGCAGACUGACGAGAGCAUCAUGCUCAACGAGGGCAUGUUUUCCGGCACUGGCGGAUACGUCCUCAAGCCAAAGGGCUUCCACCCCGAUCUCCCAGACCACCCCGCGGCAACCACCGACGAGGUCAGCUGCAAGACGCUCAAGCUUGGCAUCACCUUCCUCGCCGCCCAGUCGAUCCCGCUCCCGCCGGGCGACAAGUCAACCAAGGGGUUCAACCCGUACAUCAAAGUCGAGCUGCACGUGGACGGCACCGAGAGCUACCGCGGCGGGCGUAUCGACUGCGAAGGCCACGAGCGCGAGGACGACAUCAAGAUUCGGACGCGCACGCACAAGGGCAGUGACGUCGACCUGGGCGUAGAGACGCUAGAGUUUAAGCAGACGUCGGGCCUGAUCGAGGAUCUCACAUUUGUGCGCUUCACGGUGCGCGACGACGAGAUUGGCCGCGACGACCUGGCCGCGUGGGCGUGCGUGCGGCUCGACCGUCUGGGAGAAGGCUAUCGCUUCGUCCGCCUGCUGAAUAUGCACGGCCAGCCCACGGACGGUUUCAUACUCGUCAGGGUAGACAAGCAGAUUGUGUAG